AUGUUCGACCCGGUAGUGUUUCCAGUUCCGAAUAUGUUGGUGGUAGAGCUGCCAGCAGUUGUACCUGUUGUGGCCGGUGCCGUCGCAGCGGGAGUGCUACCGAAGAUACUGCCACCCGUGUUGGUUGUGGUGCCGAAGAUAUUGGUGCUGGGUGUUGUUGUAGUGCCCGCGGUGUUUGUUCCAAAGAUGUUAGUGUUAGUAGCUGUUGUGGAUCCAGUAGUGUUGGUUCCGAAAAUAUUGGUACCAGUAGACGUAGUUCCGGCAGUGUUCGUGCCAAAGAUGUUCGAGCCCGUCGACGUAGUCCCGGUGGUGUUGGUACCAAACAGGUUGCCACCCGUAGCGGGAGUGCUUCCGAAAAUGUUGCUACCAGUUGUGCCUGUCGCAGUUCCUGUGCUUCCAAACAAGCCACCUGUGCCCGUGUUAGUACCGAAAAUGUUGGUACCAGUAGCACCGGUAGUAUUGGUACUGCCAAAUAAUCCUGUACCUUGUGUACCAGUAGUAGUAGCAGGAGUGGUACUGCCAAACAACCCCGUUCCAGUCGUUCCCGUAGUACCGGUGGUAUUAGUGCCACCGAUGUUACCAAAUAAACCACUGCCUGGUGUUCCAGUUGUACUGGUGGUGCUGGUGCUACCGAACAAUCCUGUACCCGUUACCCCCGUGGUGUUGGCAGUGGUGGUACUACCGAAUAGCCCUGAACCCGUGGUAUUAGCGGUGCCAGCGGUGUUGGUAGUACCGAAUAAUCCCGUACCCGUUGUACCAGUGGUACCGGCGGUAUUGGUGUUACCGAAGAGGUUGGACGAACCAAAAAUGUUUGUAUUGUCGUUCUGCAUUUUUAUAUAG